AUGGAUAGCAUUCUCCAUGGAGUUGAGUAUGGUGUGAGAAAUGGACAUAAGUUGACACAUGCCUCGAAAAAGCCCCAUGGGUGCCAGUUCUGCGAUAAGUCCUACAGCGAUGCACGCUCACUGCGCCGACACUACGAGAAUGCGCACCCUGAUGAGUACGAGUCCUGGUGCUUUCUCUCUCGCGCCGCUGAGGAGGGCGAGGCCAGCAUUGCCGAAGCUGUAGCCAAGAUGACACAACUCUCUGCUGCUGCUGUUACCUCUGCCUCUUCCACCACCUCUAAUGGCAACAAUCUCGCCCAACAGCUCGUCGGUGUCAAGGUCGCCGAUACACUUAGAUGCCAUACGGCAUUCCUUUUCAUCCUUGAAGACUUUGUGAAUCUAGAAGGCCGUCUCCGCUACUCCCUGGAGUCACAUUUUUUGCCUCAACUCCAGUAA